GAUUCAAAAAUGGCACUCAUUUGAGUUGAUUAAUGAGGUGCGCGUCGUAUUCAUGCGACCAACCUUCUGCCUUAAGUAGUUCUCAUAGGACGUUUAGCGCUCAGCGACUGUCUAUUACCUGCACUAGCAGAUAAUUUACUGGACCAUCAUAGUGGUCAAUGUGAAUGGUCGCUCGAGUUCGUCGUCAUUGUUCGCUUGCACAAACGCUUCCAUGGUUUUUACCACCAUGGUCAAUCCAUAGGCCCUCACAUGUGGCGACUGAUGCUACCCACGGCAUUGUUUAGUCCAACGCCGCAAUUUCGCUGUGGGUGUUCGAGGACAAUGUUUCACAUGUGGUGCGUCCAUAGCUUUAAACCAUUUAAAAGCGUGCAGUUCUAUAAGGCAGCUAUCACGUUCGCCCCACCGAGCGCGCCUUCACAAAAUGGAAAAAAAAAAUUCACUCCCCUCAUCUUCAUACAAUCUAUUUAUCAUGCCUAGCCGCAUCCUUCAGAUUGCGCCCAACGCUACCCUAAGGCUGGUUCCGCGCUCUCCCGAUCGUUGUGACCGUGAUACACGUCAGAUAACUGACAAACACACACCACAACCUCAAGACACGUCCUCGCUCAACACUGUGCUACCCCCGCGCCUGAAACGUCUUGCCGAGCGUCCGAAACACUCCAGCACUUCUGGGAGCUCCGGCUUCGACUCAGGUCUACCCCCUCGCUUGGAACGCCUCUCCAAGCCUCAGAAGCACUCCAGCACUAGUACUUCUGGGAGCUCCGACCCUGACUCAGGUCUACCCACUCGCCUGAAACGCCUAGCCAAACGGAAGCACUCCAGCUCUCCUGAGCGAAGCACGACAGACAAAAGUCGGGUCGAAUUGGACAAGCCCCGUCUAUUCAUCAGAAUUCCUCCCUCGAAACGCCCGAUUCCCGUUACAAAGGACGAUAAAUCAGACGAUAGCCACGCACAGGACAACGAGGAGACCCGAAGCCUUACAGAAAUAAGUGGGGCUAAAUCAGACGCGGCGAGUCUGUUUAUUAAAAUUCCGCCUCGCCAAACUGUUACUGCGACGAACGAGAACUGCGACGAUACUAGUCUACAAGAGGAAGAGGAAGAAAGCAGCUACUCCGAGAGUAGCGAUGACGAGUCGGACGAGGAAUAUUUACCUCCACGCAAGCGUCAGCGUAGAUGUCUUGAAGGCAUCGCCAACCUCCCGACCUCGCGGGCCCGCUCCCGCCCCAGGCGCAACCACUUGCUGUGAUUACAUCUGUGUCACUACGAUGCGAAUAUCAAUGAAACGUUGCCUGUGUACUAUAGAGGAUUUGGAAAGGGUUCUUUACUCGAAGGGACAAUCGUACUAUAAUUUAGCUACUGAAGAGUGAUUUAUGAG